CGCCGCGCUGCGCCGAGCCGCCGGCGAGCGGGCGUCGCCCCUCCCUCGCGGCCCGCGCCCCGCUGCCGCCCUCUUCUGUCGAAUCUCUUGCUGUCGCCGACAAACUCGAACGACCUCUUUUCGCUAGCUAACGUCGCACCCGCGUACGAUACCCGCCGCGUAACUGCGCUCGAUCUGUACGCGAGUUGUCGACCCGCUCCAAAGUAUUCAAAACUAUUUUCCGAGGAAAUUAGGAGAUUUUUUUUAUGCUGAACUUUAAUCAAGUUUAAAAGUUGAUGAACAACUAUUAAACUGUAUUGCGACGUAACGAUAAUGUUUAUAGGGAUAGGGAAGCCGUUGUCAUGUCCUUGGAGGAUUUGAAUCUGGUCUACUAGACAGCGGCUUCAGGCAAGGAAGUGUGAGAGGAUGGUGAUGUGGCGGCGCGAUCCGCGUGCGCGGCGAGGAUGGACGAUGGUGUCAGCGGCGAGCGCGCUGGCGGGCGCGUAGGGUGCGCAAGGACAUGGAUUGCUGCAACUACGGCGAGUACCGCGCGCACGGGCACGGCCACGGGCACGGACAGUAUGCAGGUGGCGCGAGCGGCGCGGGCGCGUGGGAGGGCUACGGCUACGCGCCAUUGCCGUACACGCCGUACGCGGCCGGCUACUACGCGCCGCUUGCGCCGCUGGCGCCGCUCGCGCACGAGCCCUACGCGCGCUACUAUCGCUACGAUUAUCCCGGACACCAUAUACACCAAGCUGAACAUGUCGUUCCGCCGGAUUACGGUGCGUACGCGUGCAAGGAGGCGCGAGUGCGGCGCGCCCUGGCGCGGCGAGAACAGCGCGCGCUUAACACCGUGCACCAUCUGCCACUUCCGCCUACUCCUCCCUUAGAAUGCGGUAUGAACAAUCGAGGGCCAACUUAUUGUGAUCCGCAGAUGUGGCCUCACUAUCAGAUGGGCAUGGCGGGUGGCGGAAGUUGGAAUGGCGCAAAUACAGCCAACGGAAGUCUGUGGGCUUCCCGGGGCUCGUGCUCUCGUGAACAUAUGCGCUAUCCGUCUGACUGCCGUCCCGCCAAGGCUAUGCUCCCACAAGUUCAAAAUCAAAUUUGCCAUCAAGAUGGAAGGUCAACGCCAUAUUCAGUUUAUGAAGAUUCUCCAUUUAAUGGUGAUAGUGUAUCGCGACAUGGCAGCUCGAGCGAGUUCCCGGCGCCGUUGUCGCAGGAGGAGGGUCCGCGCGCCGCUCGCGAGCCGUACGCGCGGGAGCCGCGACGCCCCGCGCCCGAGGAGAAGCGGCCGCCCGUGGUGCCGCUGCCAGCGUUCCAACAAGCCUUCGGUUCCACAGAGAUAGGGAAAUUCGCCGAAGCCUUUAGUCGCGCUGAAGUGGCACUCGGGGAAGGCGGCGGCGACACUUUUUUAUAUGAGUCAUUCGCGGAAUGGGAGCCUCCAACUGAAUUUCAAUGGUCCUCACAAACCGCUUCGAGGGAAAUAAAAUGCGAAGAAAAUUAUUGAAAUUAUCUUCGUUCUAGCACUAAUUUUAGGCAAUUUCGCCUUUUAGCUAAUUAGACAAUUUUAGUUCCACCACCAUGUUGCCAAAAUGAGUAGCGAAGAAAAGUUGGGUGUCUUAGGGCGGUAGGACGUGAAGUCGAAAUUAAUAAAGUGUAUGAAAAAUGAACAGAUUGGAUAAAUAGUGGUGUGACAUAUUAUUCAUAUUACAUAAAGUAGAAUAUUAUUUAAAUAUUCCUUUUAAUUAGAUUUAUGUCGAUAUAAAAAGAAACAAUGUUGAUAAGGGAAUGUGGAAGUGCUAGGUACGGUAUGUAUAGGAUAACAAAAAGAAUCAUGACUCAAUGUGCCUUUAUUCGGAGAGCCCGGCCGCUUACCGCGCGGCGUCAUUGGCCCCAUUCUACAUCGCUAUGUAUGUGUGACAAAGUUACAAUAGCAAUUAUAGGGACCAACGUUUAGACAAAUAUACACGAUCUUGUCACGUGCACGAUCGAUGUGCAAUAAGCUCAAUGAAAUUUAUGAAUGUUCUAAAAUCCUUAAUCAAUACAAUUAUUACGUAGCUUAUCAUUUUAUCACUGAUCUAACAACUUUCCUUGAAACCCUUCUGAAAUAUCGUAUCCCUAUACUGAUUAUUCAAUACAAUAAAAUCUAUUUCUUAGCUAACCCAACCCUAACGAUUUCAAUUCAAAUUAUUCUUACUUAGUUAUCCCAUUUCAAAAUCUUAAGAAUAUUUCAUAAUUCGAAGGGGCUUCGGACGCCGCGUGAACUAAUAUAAACAUUCAAAAUUUUUCAGAAAGUAAUGAAACAAGUCAUGUAUGUAGGUAUAAUUAGGUAGUUAAAUUUGAUAACAUUUUUAAAGAGAUUACUUAUAAUAAAAUGGCUUUUUAAUUGAAUACAUAGGGUCCAACAACCAUAACGGAAAUUGUUUGCUGUGGUUUUAAUUUCUGUUAAAAUCACUACUUCAAGUCAUCUAGGAGCAUCAGCGGUGGAAAGAGAACUUUACUUCUUGCUUCUCUAUGUCGAUGAUCUCAUACAAAUGUUUUAAUCUAAGUUGAGUUAGUAAAAUAAUAUUAGAUUCAUUGUUACUCUCUCAUAUACUCGUAUUUGAUAAAUGUUUCAAGAUAAAAACAUACUUUAUGCUAGAAACAAUGUUAUACAUGAGUAAGUAACAAUUUAUUUCGUUUACUAUUAUGAUAUCCUGUGAUAGGUAUUGUUUUAAAUAAUAUCACGUAGUUAUCUUUUGCGUUUUUAAGAAAACAUUUAACUUCCAUGAAUUAAGGUUCCAGGCGCGCGAAAUUAUAAUUAUAUAUUAUGGAGUACGAUUAAGAUCUGGAUUAUAAAAUUGUUGAAUAGGAACAAAUAUAUUUGUAAGGAUUCUUUUUUAUGAGAUGCUUCAUAUAAUGAAAUCUUUAACAGUCACUUACUUGCCGCAUUAAAAUAUAACAAAUUCUAUAAUGAUUUCUUAUGUUUACACGAAUGUUAGACAUUGAAAUUAAACU